AUGGCUAUUUAUGACAGUCAACUUAUAGUGGUUUCACUAUACUUGCUAAUUAUUAUUGCAUUAUAUUCAGCAAAGUUCAUUACUCCAUUGAACGAGUUGUUGCAGUAUGGGAAAACUUCAUCUCAAAAUGUGAAGAAACAUGAUCAGCCAGAGAAUAGUAUUAUCAAGCAGACAAUUGGGUUUAUAUCCAACUAUUUUGUGGUUCCCAAGUCAUGGUUUGUUCAUUUCUACAUCACUUUGUUCGCUUUAUCGUCUUUGAUUUAUUUGGCGUCGUUCAAGGAGCCAAUAUCGACCGAUCCAGAAAAAUUCAAGAAUUUGAUUUUGAUUCAUCGAUUACUCUGGGUCCAAGGAAUAAGAAGAUUAACUGAAUGCCUCACUGUUUCCAAUUUUUCCAAAACCUCCAAAAUGAACGUGAGCCAUUACAUAGUAGGAUUAAGUCAUUAUAUUUUAGUGACUUGGGCCACCUAUUUAGGGCUAAGCACAUAUGGAUCACAUCAAGUCCCUAGCAAUUAUACGGUUUUUGAUAUCGUACUUAUCAUAGGGUUUGCCAUUUGUUCUUUGCUACAAUUCCAAGUUCACUAUCACUUGUCAACCUUAGUGAAGUACACUUUACCUGACUUCAGCUUUGUUUCGUCUCCUCAUUAUUUCUAUGAAAUAUUGAUUUACACAAUCUUGCUCAGUUUCGCAAUUAAAGAUGGUUUCGACAUGGUUUCAGUAACAUUCUUUACUUCCUGGUUAUUUGUCAUAAGUAAUCUAAGCAUAAGUUCUCUUGAGACCUUUAGUUAUUACCAGAAAAAGUACAAGGAAGAAUUUAAGUUAAAGUGGGCUAUAUUGCCAGGCAUAUUGUAG